UCCAUGGAACACAGCUUCUCACUCAAUUCAAGUAACAGUCUCCAAGCACAUCAAAAAUCAACACUUUAAGCUGCUGGGUUGGAAAUUGUUUGGCAUGAAGGAGAAAAAUAAUCUUUCAGACUGUGGUGUCCAAAGUUCUCUUUGUUUUCUCCUGGGUUCCAUCUAGAAGGAAGGGGGAAUGUUGGUAGACAGAAGACAUUUCCCAAACUAAAAAAUGCUAUCGCACCUUCCAGCAGUUCUACUGAGUUCCUGGAGCAGGUGCAAACCAAUUGCUACCUGGAAAAACUGCAGCCAAAACUCGUGUCAACUAGCCACAACAACAACAACAACAAAAACUCCACACGACUAGGGGCGGGGUGGGCUGGCUUAUAUAACGUGUCCAUUCUGUUCCAGCCUUUCCUGCACUCCCCCCUGGCGGGGCAAGGUAGUCUCGCUGCUGUCCUCAGCGCUCCUCACGCCCCCUACUGGAGAAAGCAAAUAUGUUUGGGAAUUAGAUGGCAGCGGCAGUUCCCAUUUCCCUCCAACUCUAUACUUGAGAAACCAAGGCAGCAGAAGCAAAGCUCAGCUUUCACUCAAAAAAAAGCAUCUUUUCCUCUCUGGAAAGUCUCUCCUGCCUGCCCCCUCUUGUAGCCGGUGUCCAAAACGACUGCUAGAGGCUCUUUUUCUUGGUCCGAAGAAACAGGACUGGCCAGACUAGAAAGGAGGGGCUUUGGGGAAAGCAGGAUUGCAGCCCUGGGCGGUAGCCGGGAGGAGAUGAUGUCACCGCUCCUGCUCGCAGAGGCCUGGGGGUGGGGCAGCCGAGGGGGAGCCCCCGCGCCGCGCCGCCGGCAGCUGCCAAGGGAGCGUUCCGAGCCCACGUCAGGGGACGCGUCGGGAUAAAUAGGGUCCCGCAAUGGCCGUGGCUGGCUGCGCUCGGAGCUGCGGGGUCCGCGACUGGAGCUGCCCGGGCGGGUUGGCGCCCCGGAGGCUGAGGGCUGGCGCUGCUAGCGCCGCGUGCGCCAGACGGCAGAGAUCCGCGGCCGGACCCUGCGGCCCCGCGUUGCUGCCGACUGGAGCUUGGGGACAGGACCGCUCCUGCGCCCACAGAGGACUCCCUCCUCGCAGGAGGCGCAGGGAAAGGCUAGGGCGGCGGGAAGAAAAGGGCCCUUUCUGCCUGUCGGGGUCGCAGCGCGGGAGGACAGUGCCAUGCUCCUCUCCGUCCUGGUGGCGCUGUGCCUGUGGCUGCGCCUGGCGCUGGGCGUGCGCGGCGCACCCUGCGAGGCGGUGCGCAUCCCCAUGUGCCGGCACAUGCCCUGGAACAUCACGCGGAUGCCCAACCACCUGCACCACAGCACGCAGGAGAACGCCAUCCUGGCCAUCGAGCAGUACGAGGAGCUGGUGGACGUGAACUGCAGCGCCGUGCUGCGCUUCUUCCUCUGCGCCAUGUACGCGCCCAUCUGCACCCUGGAGUUCCUGCACGACCCCAUCAAGCCCUGUAAGUCGGUGUGCCAGCGCGCGCGCGACGACUGCGAGCCGCUCAUGAAGAUGUACAACCACAGCUGGCCCGAGAGCCUGGCCUGCGACGACCUGCCCGUCUACGACCGUGGUGUGUGCAUCUCGCCUGAAGCCAUCGUCACUGAUCUCCCGGAGGAUGUUAAGUGGAUAGACAUCACACCAGACAUGAUGGUACAGGAAAGGCCUCUUGACGUUGACUGUAAACGCCUAAGCCCCGAUCGCUGCAAGUGCAAAAAGGUGAAGCCAACUUUGGCAACAUAUCUGAGCAAAAACUACAGCUAUGUUAUUCAUGCCAAAAUAAAAGCUGUUCAGAGGAGUGGCUGUAAUGAAGUAACGACAGUGGUGGAUGUAAAAGAGAUCUUCAAGUCCUCGUCACCCAUCCCUCGAACUCAAGUCCCACUCAUUACGAAUUCUUCUUGCCAGUGCCCACACAUCCUGCCCCAUCAAGAUGUUCUCAUCAUGUGUUACGAGUGGCGUUCAAGGAUGAUGCUCCUUGAAAAUUGCAUAGUUGAAAAAUGGAGAGAUCAACUUAGUAAAAGAUCCAUACAGUGGGAAGAGAGGCUUCGGGAACAGCGGAGAAUGACUCAGGACAAGAAGAAGACAGCUGGGCGCACCAGUCGCAGUAAUCCCCCGAAACCGAAAGGAAAGCCACCUGCUCCCAAACCAGCCAGCCCCAAGAAGAACAUUAAAGCUAGGAGUGCCCAAAAGAGAACAAAUGUGAAAAAAGCAUGAGCUGACUACUUUUCAAGAUGGAGACUUCCGACUUCCUUCCAGCACGAGGUCGGGCACUGCCUGGGACAGCCUAUGCAAGGCCACACGCCCCUUGCCUUAACAACUCACUGCCGUACUCUGCAUAGACACAUCUUGCAGCAUUUUUCUUAAUGAUACGCUUCCAUUUUUCCUUUUAAGUCACCACAGGCCUUAGUGGUAGGUUUGCCCUUUGGUAUGGAAGGUGCGUUAAAGCUGGUGGAAAAAGCUUAUUGCAUUCAUAGUAAUCUGUGUGCAUACUCUAUGAGAUCUCUGUGUGGGGAAAAUAUUGCUUUUUGACAAUUUGACCUAAUAUGUGCAUUGUAAAAUAAAUGCCAUAUUUCAAAUAAAACAUCUAAUUUUUUUUACGACAUAUUUUAUUUCUAUUUGACUUCUGUUGUUACAAUGUUAACGAUGUUUUAAAAUGUAAUUGAAAAUAUAAUUGCUUCUAAGGAGGAAAGCAAGGGGAAUGAAUAUUUAAAAGAUUUUGUGUUUACUGUCUGAAGAAGAAUUUUUGUGUUGAAAAGGGAUUUUUGAAAAAUCAAGGUAAGUAACAUAUUGAAAAUUGUAAUGUGUUUUGUUUUUUUUUUACAAAGAAGACUUUGUGCUAUAUUUAGCUAGAAACUCUAAAAACUAAAGUAAUAAUAAUGAAAAAUAAAUAAAAAAGACAGGCAGACA